CAAUGAAGAUCACUCUUUUGACAGCCGCACUUUUGCUUACAGGCUAUGUUACCGCAGUACCAGUUAUUCAGCCUAUUCGUUUCUCUGAAGGCAAACUUGCCCCACUCUACACUUCAGACGAUGCAGAGACAUUGGGUGGUCAAUACAUCAUUGCUCUCAAGCCUCAUCUCCAUCCGCAGCAGAUUGAAAAACACAAUACCUGGAUCCAAGCCAAGGUCUCGCAAGACACUGCCUGGAUAGACCAUAGGGUCAGAAUCGAUCAUAUAUAUGAUACACAGUACUUUAAAGGAUAUUCUGGAAAGUUUAGUGACGCUGUCCUUCAGCAAAUUCGCCAAUCGAAUGAUGUAUCUUUUGUAGAAAAAGAUUCACGGGUAUAUGCCACUGAGUUGCAGCGCAAUGCACCUUGGGGACUUGCCCGUAUUUCCCAUCGUCGGCCAUUGGACUUGAGAAGUUAUAACAAAUAUGACUACCAAACCGAGGCUGGCAAAGAUAUUAAAGUUUAUGUAAUUGAUACUGGCAUCAACACCGAACAUGUUGACUUUGAAGGCCGUGCAACGUGGGGAAAGACUAUGCCCGCUGACGAUGAAGAUGUCGAUGGUAACGGCCACGGUUCUCACUGCGCAGGCACAAUUGGUGGAAAACGCUAUGGUGUGGCCAAGCAAGCUCUGCCUGUGGCAGUCAAAGUCUUGAGGUCCAAUGGAUCUGGAUCAAUGGCUGAUGUGAUUGCCGGUGUCGACUGGGCCACACAACAACACGAGAAAGAUGCUGCGGAAGCAAAGGCAGCCGGAAAGCCAUACAAAGGCUCUGUUGCAAACAUGAGUCUUGGUGGAGGCAAGAGUCGUGGUCUUGACAUGGUCGUUGAUGGUGCUGUUGAAGCCGGCAUGGUCUUUGUAGUUGCUGCAGGCAAUGACAAUCGAGAUGCAUGCGACUACUCCCCUGCUCGAGCUGAGUUGGCUAUCACUGUCGGCGCUUCCAAUAUUAAGGACGAGCGUGCCUACUUUUCUAACUUUGGCAAAUGCGUUGAUGUAUUUGCUCCUGGCAUGAACAUUUUGUCGGUGUGGAAGGGUAGCAAGUACGCCACUAACACUAUCUCAGGCACAUCUAUGGCUUCUCCCCAUGUGGCCGGUCUGUCUGCUUAUAUUUUGAGUGUCUCUGACAAAAUUCUGACGCCAAAGCAAGUCAAGGACAUGAUUAUUGAGCUCAGUAGCCGUGAUGUCCUGACCAAGAUACCUAGUGAUACCCCUAACUUGUUGGUCUUUAAUGGCAUUUGAAUGACACUCACACAUACACACACACAUACACACAUACACAUACUCAUCUAGUUAUGCCCUUUCUUUUUUUUGUUCCACAGCCCAAUUUCUUUUCUUCUAUUUGCUUCAUAUACCUAUGAUACCUAUGGGUUCUCCUUCUUUCUCUCUCUUUUUUUUUUUCAAACAACUUGUUUCACGGUGUUACAAUGAGAUGAGAUGGGGUCAUAUGAGAAUAUACGUAUUUAUACAACCUUGUUUUUUCUUUAAAAAAAAAAGAAUAUUUUAAUUUUGGCGUGCACACACAAAUGACUAUAUUAUUGCCCACAUUGGCAUCAUUAGACAUCCUGUGUUUUAUAUCUCUUUCAAUGCUCAGUACCUUGUUUAAUCUUAUUUGAUACAACCCUAAAAACAACGUGUAAAUUACGUAUAAACUUCUUUCUUCUUCUUUU